AUCUGCAAGGCACACGGACGAUCCCUCUCCUUGGCCACACUCCAUCGCGUGUAGUUACUAGGUAUCUUCACGCUUGGAGCCAAGAGCAUCAUGAAAACAAUCCACCGGGCGGUGUCAGAAACAUGAGGCUUUGACAAGAUAGCAACGAGAAUGGCCCGAAUAACAUAUCUGUAUAUGCUACUUGGGUGGUGAUCAGCGCAAGCCUUUGGAUAUAUAAGAGGUUGAGAAGUGCUCCUCAAUAUCCUCAUCACAAUCAUCAAGUCUACAAUCAUCACUACAACAGCCUCUUAUCCACUACCAGAUUUCACUCGCUGAAUCACCAUCCAUCUUCCAAAAUGAAGUUCCAACUCGCUACCGCUCUCCUCGCUGGCGCUGCCGCCGCCGUCCCUACCUGGCCUCACCCUCAGAAGACCAACUGGACUUCGCCCGCUGUUCCUGAGCUCGACAAGCGUGUUGUCGACCCCGUCUCAAUCGCCAUCAUCGGAGGUGUUGUCUCUGGUAUUGUCGGUGUCUCCGGCACUGCUGCCCUCAACAUCGCUAAGGAUGCCAUUGACUGGAACGCUGCCCGUGAAGCCUUCACCCAGGCCACUGUCGCCGAGAUGAUCAAGCGCGCCGGCCCUGGCGAGGCUGCCGUCUGCUACAACAUGGGCUACGAGGUCACCAAGCCCAACCAGAUGCGCGAGCUCUCUUCUGUCCGCUUCAAGUCUGGUGUCCUCAACACCGACUAUGACUGCUUCCUCAUGUCCGGCCCCGACAAUUCCUUCUACAGCCAGGGUGACGGUGGCUACAUCAACCUUGCCAUUCAAUCCCCCUCCAACUGCCAGUUUGACAGCGCCACCUCCGACCUUUACUGCGCAUAGAUGGCUUUAUCGGAUUAUGAAGUCAUCUUUACGAAUGACCCUGGGAUGGAUGGAUAUGGGUCACAAGAGUGCUAUGUAGUUACCUUCUCACCUUUCUCAUACUGUACACAUCAACUUGCGAACCUCGCCUGUACAUAGUUCGAA